GUUAGCAAGCACAUUGACACCAUUAACAUACAGGCCAUGGCUUGCGGGUCGGAGGAGCAGCAGAGAGAACAGCGAUGGCGUGCGCUGAGUGAACAACUGUUGUCGGAGCCAGAGCUUGCGUUCCACGAGCAACGCGCCCACGACCUAAUCUGUGCGGAACUCGAACGCGAGGGGUUCGCCGUUCGGCGCAACUACGUUUUCUGCACGGCCUUCCGCGCAGAGUACCAGUUCCCGCCUGAGCCAGCGUCAGUAGAGGGCAUCACUGUUGGACUUGUCUGCGAAUACGAUGCUCUGCCUGGACUGGGCCACGCCUGCGGUCACAACCUGGUAGCUGCCGGCACUCUAGCAGCGGCGUCCGCCAUUCGCCGGCGCAUGGAGAAAGAACAGGUGCACGGUCGACUCGUGGUGUUCGGCGUACCAGGCUCCGAGGCUCCCCGGCCGUGCUGCAAGUCCCAGCUGCUUGACCAGGGCGAGCUGUCGGGCCUGACCGCGCUCCUCGCCCUGCACCCUACCUCGGCCCGCGAUCUCGGCUGCUGCCCCGGCAUCGACCAAGAAACGGCCGGUCAGUGGCUAGACGUGCGGUUUCGCGGUGCCGCCGCGCUGGACGCUGCCGUGCUCUCGUACUGGCUCCUCGCGAGCCGCUGCCGCGGCAUUGUCAGCCAAGGGGGACGUAAUCCGUGCGAGCCGACGACCCGCUCCGAGUCGCAGUACGUGCUCCUCGCCUCCGACGACGCGCAACUGUGCGUGCGGAGGCAAGUGGCCGAAGACGCGCUUCUGGGCGUGGCCAAGGCGACCGGUUGCUUCCUCGAGUGCCGCUUCGGCAAGCCCAGGCCCCGGCCUGUCUUCAGCCGUACCCUGGAACAACUGUACUCCGCGGAGGUGCAGAAGACAGGCGUUCCCCCACCCUGGUUCUCGUGCUCCAGCGGCCAAUGGUACGGCGCCUGGUCGGACUGGGGCAGGGUGUCACGAGCGCUGCCCUGCCUGCGCGCCAGCUACACGCUGCCGGGAGCCUUCGGGGCGCCUCAUUCGCGCGCCUUCGCUGAAGCAGUCUCGACGCCGCACGCACUGACCGCCACCUUCGAAGCCGCGGAUGCGCUGGCAACCACUGCCCUCAAACUUCUCGUGCAGCGGGGCGACACCUUAGUGGCCCAGCACCGGCAGCAACAAGCACAUGUGCCGCUGACGCGCGCGCAGUAAGAUGAUAGAUAGAUCGGGUUGCAGCUUGUGCUGUAAGCGAGCUCCUAAAGUACUGCAAGGAUUUAUAUGUGUAUUUUCUCGCUAAUGCUGGGUUCCUCUCAGGUAUCACUCGAGUGUGCAGGGAGUUUACAAGAAGAAUGUUCAAAGCUUUGGGAUGGGGCUCUCCGCUGGCUGCAUAGGUUCCCGCCCAGCAAUGUUAAAUUUAAUAAACAUCUUGCCUUCCCUCUUUA